AUGCUUGUAUUGCUCCGCUGGUUGUGUCUGCUAAUUUUUCCGAUAUGCCGCAUUUCUGCACUGAUCAAUCUGCAUAUUGGCGGCUUAUUCCCAAUGGAAGUCGGCACUGGUGGUUGGGCCGGCGGUCAAGCCUGCUUACCGGCUAUUCAGAUGGCCAUCGAAGAUGUUAAUAACAAUCCCAAGGUUUUACCGGGUUAUGCGCUUCGGUUACAUCAAAACAACAGCAAAUGUCAAGCUGGCUUAGCUGCAAGACAAAUGUACGAAUUACUGUAUACACCACCUACAAAACUAAUGCUGUUAACCGGUUGCAGUCCGGUGACAACAAUUGUCGCUGAGGCUGCACCGAUGUGGAAUUUGGUUGUGUUAUCGUACGGCGGCAGUUCACCAGCAUUGUCAAACAGAAGGCGUUUUUUAACACUUUUUCGUACGCAUCCUACUGCCAAUAUGCAAAAUCCGACAAGAGUGGAACUGUUCCGGAUAUUUAAAUGGAAAAAAAUUUCAAUUUUACAAUCUGUUGAAGAAGUGUUUACCUCAACAGCAAAAGAUUUGGAAAAAUUAUGUCGUGCAAAUGGUAUACGAGUUGAGAGGCAAAGUUUUUAUGGGAAUCCGGAGGGAGCGAUAAAAGCUUUGAAACGCCAAGAUGCUCGCAUCAUCGUCGGGUUAUUUUAUGACAAUGAAGCUAAGCGAGUUCUUUGUCAAGCAUAUCAUCACGGAUUAUAUGGCAAAAAGUAUGUUUGGUUUUUUAUUGGCUGGUAUGCUGACAAAUGGUUCGAAGACACCACCAAUAUCAAUUGUACAAAAGCGCAGAUGAGAGAAGCCGCGGAAUAUCAUAUAACCACUGAGAGUAUUAUGUUAAGUGCAAGCGAAGAAAGAACGAUCUCUGGAAUGACCGGCAAGGAAUUUCAAAAACGGCUAGCAGCUGGUCUUGAAGACCCAGCUAACACUGGCGGUUUUCCAGAAGCUCCACUUGCAUAUGACGCUAUAUGGGCAGUUGCUUUAGCGUUUGACUGCACUAUCUCGAAGCUCUCACGCGGAAGGCGAAUUGAGGAUUUCCAUUAUAACGAUACCAGUCAAAAAGAGAAAUUAUUUGAAUGUAUGCAGAAUACACGUUUUAAAGGCGUAUCGGGACAAGUAAUGUUCAAUCAAGCAGGUGAUCGAAUUGCAAAGACACAAAUCGAACAGUUACAAGAUGGAGAAUAUCGGGUGUUAGGUAUAUACGAUACCCCGACUAGACAGCUCAAUUGGACCGGUGUAGCUAAGUUCAAAACCAGCGAUGGUCGACCGCCACCAGAUUCAACGAUUAUACAGGAGACGAAGCUUACUGUAGGAAAGGAUGUGAUUCCAGCUCAACGUUUCUACACUGUAAUUCUUCUGUUCCUCAUCAUUGAUCUCAUAAUCAUUUCUUUUUGGGUGCUUCUUGAUCCACUUCGACAGACCAAACGGCGUUUUCCGUCGCAAGAGAUUACAAAAGACGAUGACGAUAUAAAGGUGAUUCCAGUGCUGGAACUUUGUCAAAGCCUGCAUAAUAAGGUUUGGACAGGACUAAUAUUUGGUUACAAAUGUCUGUUAUUGGUGUUAGGACUAUUUUUGUCGUAUGAUUCAAGAAAUCUGCGUUAUCGUUACGUAAAUGAUUUUCGAAUGGUUGGUUUAGCAAUUUAUAAUGUUGCAAUAUUAUGCCCAAUUACGGGCGUUGUUGUCACAUUCUUAAUACCUUCACAUGCUAAUGCCAACUUUGCAUUCAUUGGAAUCACAGUUUUAUUAUGUACAUACAUUACACUUGGGCUUAUAUUUAUCCCAAAGAUAAUUCAUCUACAUUCAACACCUGACGACAGCUCUGAUGACAUUGACAAACCGGAAUCUAAGUUCUUCAGUCACCUGACGAAAGCUGAGCGAAAACGAAUGGAACAGUUGGCAACUGAAAAUGCUGAACUUUUAAAAAAGGUAUUUAUUUUCAAACUUUGA